AUGCCGCGCUUCUUCCUCAAGCGCAUCUUCACCGACCACCUCUUCCGCAGAGACGCAGCACCAACACCAGAUGUAAGCGACAAUAUCCAGCGCUCGCGCCGUGUGCUGGUGCGCCCCUCGACCACAAAUCUAUACGACCAGUCGGCGCUGCUCGACGCCCAGCUGCACGCCGAUGAGCUGCGCGCCCUGCGAGACGUCGAUAGCGUUGCUGGCACUAGCGAUGUGCAUGGCGCUGAGCAGCAUCCGGUUCUAGAGGAAACGAAACGCGAAAAUGCUGGGCUGGGCCUGGGGCAUAGGCACAGGCAGACGCGUGUGAGGAGGCGGUUGAGUAAGAGACAUCGGAUGCCUGUUUAA